CUCGGACCGGGGGGGGUUCUGUUUUCCCAUUUUGUCUUGGCUAGAGAGUCAUCGAACUUUAGCAACAACAACCAGAGCAACAGCGCCGGCAAGAGGGGAAGAAAGAAAGAUCAAAGAUGAACACAGACAUAACAGCUUCGGCAAAACCAGAGUACCCAGUUAUAGAUCGAAACCCUCCUUUUACCAAAGUCGUUGGCAAUUUCAACACCCUCGAUUACCUCCGUUUCGUUACACUCACUGGCGUUUCUGUCACCGUUGGAUACCUCUCUGGGAUAAAACCGGGAUUAAAAGGGCCAUCAAUGGUGACAGGAGGGCUGAUAGGGCUUAUGGGAGGGUUUAUGUAUGCCUACCAGAACUCAGCGGGUCGACUCAUGGGAUUUUUCCCUAAUGAGGGUGAGGUUGCUCGUUACCAGAAACGUGGAUUCAAAAACUAGCUUUCUUUCUUUCCCUUUCAGUCCCUAUUUUUGUUAUAAACCUUUAUGUCAAAGACAUUUUGGCUGAUAAAUGAUUGUCAAUAAUCAGAUUGCUUUAGCUGAUUUCGUGUUGCUGAUUUCAAGGCUUUUGUCUUACUGCUGUAUUUUUAAAGGCUUUAAAAAGCAACUUAAAAUCCAAAUGAAAUGGAGUGUUAUCCCAAUGUUUGUUAGAA